UAAUCUAAUGGCCUUGACAUUCAGAGCUGGCCAAAAUGUCAACAAGGUUGUAAGUAAUGUCAACUACUGUAUAAUUUCAAAGUGGAUCUCCCGAGUUUCUUCGAGAGAUUUUCAUCAUGAGAAACAGAAGUAAUUCUGGAGUCAGGCUUGACUACUUCCAACGUCUUAUUAACAAGACAAUUUUGAAGUUUCAGAACCCAAUAACUGGCUUGUUUGGAACAACAGAGCAUGACAGCCAUGCGUGGGUCAGAGACAAUGUGUACACCAUUAUGGCUGUGUGGGGCAUUGCCCUGGCAUACAGGAAAAAUGCAGACUUAGAUGAGGAUCUUGCAAAAGCAUAUGAAUUGGAACAGUCUGUGGUGAAACUGAUGAGAGGCUUAUUACGCUGCAUGAUGUUACAAGUGGACAAACUGGAGAAGUUUAAGAAGACACAGAGCACAAAGGACUGCCUGCAUGCAAAGUACAGCAGCCAGACAGGGAAAACUGUGGUAGGGGACAGUGAGUGGGGCCACCUGCAGAUUGAUGCCACCUCGCUGUUUAUAUUGUACCUAGCGCAGAUGACGGCUGCAGGUCUUCAGAUUAUUUACACCUUGGAUGAAGUCGCUUUUGUACAGAAUCUAGUUUUCUACAUUGAGACAGCCUACAGAACUCCAGAUUAUGGUGUUUGGGAGAGAGGAGAUAAAACCAACCAUGGGCUCCCAGAACUGAAUUCCAGCUCUAUAGGAAUGGCAAAGGCUGCCCUGGAAGCCAUCAAUGAGGUGGACCUGUUUGGUGCACGGGGCGGCCCUGCCUCAGUGAUUCAUGCCCUGCCUGAUGAGGCACAGCAGUGCCAGGCCAUACUGCACUCCAUGCUGCCCAGGGAGUCAAACUCUAAGGAAAUCGAUGCAGCUUUAAUAUCUGUGAUCAGCUUUCCAGCAUUUGCCGUUGAUGACAUAGAGAUAAUCAAGAAAACUCGACAAGAAAUUGAGGAUAAACUUAUGGGUAACUAUGGUUGCCGCCGUUUCCUGCGUGAUGGCUACAAGACAGCCCGUGAGGACCCAAACAGACUGCAUUACGAGCCCUGGGAGUUACUGGCCUUUGAGAAGAUCGAGAACCAGUGGCCAAUGUUCUACGCCUUCUUCAUACUGGACGGCCUUUAUAGGGGUGAUACUGAAUCAGUAGAGAAGUACAAGGCCCUGUUAGACCCAGUGAUCACAAGAACAGAUGAUGGCAACCUCUAUAUGCCUGAGAUGUAUUCAGUACCCAAAGACAAGGUUGAUAUGGAGAUCCGGUCAAGGGACAGUCAGAAAAGGGAGCGUACAGGAAAGAUGCUCCACCUGUGGGGCCAGUCUCUCUUCAUACUGGGCAGGCUCAUUGACGAGAAAUUUAUAUCGCCCGGAGAGUUGGACCCACUCAACCGUCGUCUUAUCACAGAGCCGCGACCUGAUGUAGUGGUACAAGUUGUGGUGAUAGCAGAGGACAUUAUGAUGCAGAGCCUAAUGGCCGAGCAAGGCAUUGCUGUGCAGACAGUGAGUCAGGUGGCCCCCAUACAGAUCUACCCCGCCAGGGUCCUCAGUCAGAUCUACUCUCUACUUGGGAAGAACAAAAGCAUGGGUCUGACAGGGCGCCCGUCCAGUGAGAUCGGUCUCCUGGCAACCAGUAAGCUCUACAUACUGCAGGACCAGAUACUUGCAUUUAUACCACAGUUUAUAGAUCAGCAUCAGUUUUACUUGGCCCUUGACAUAGAUUUUCUUGUUGACACGAUGAAAAAUACCAUGGAAGAUUUGGCGCGCAACUGGCGUAUGAUGGGCCGACCAACGUUUGUGUGCACCAUCAACACAUCCAUGUUAGACCAUAACCAGAAGCUGCCCAGUUCACUGGUGGGAACCAUUAAGAAGCUACAGAGUGGUUACAUCGCUGGCACCCGGGUCCAUCUGGGAGACAUGGGUGACUUCGUCUCCACAUCAUGCAUAACCAAGCUGAGCUUCGUAAACACUGACACUCAAUAUGCAGGACAAGAUUCCCAGAUCUCUGACUUCCUUGGCGACGUUCUCAAGAAAGCUUGUCCUCGCCCCAGACUGCUCAGCCUUGGUAAGAAAGCGUCGCGAUCGUACAGACACAGUUCCAUACGGGGCAUUGUACGAAGGUCAAGGUCGAUUGCUGUCAAUGCCGAAGACAUACCAGCUUUGCACGCUCAGUUGCAGCAGAGGGGCGUGAACCUGGGGCUAACUAGCCCCAACUCCCCGGGCCCAGCGCUGUCGUUUGCUCUGCGGAAGCUGGAGAAGGGAGCAAAGAAGUCAAGACGUAAAGGUAUCGUGGAAACAACCCUCCCAAGGAUAAACACAAGUGAAGAGCUUGCCCACCCCCACCUGAAGGGCAAUGGUCGUUCCCCCAUGUGUACCCCAAAUAGAAGCCCAGUCCAGAGCCCGAUGGGGUCCCCCAAGGCCCAACACAGGCUGUGGCCGUUCAUGGACAAGUUCAACAACGACUCCUCCUACAACAAUGUAGAUGUACAUGAGCUGGUGGACCAGCUGUCUCAGUCUGAGAAUCUCAAUGAGCAGGCCGACAUCAUUCACUACCUGUACAUUAAGCAGGGUCCAAAUUGGGACACUGAGGUAGAUGGAAAAUCAUGCACUGUGAGAGAACUUCUAGUGGAGCUAUAUGAAAAGGCUGGCCAUUGGAAGCAGUGGUGGCUGGUGAGGCAUGCAGCAGGCAUGUUGAAGAAGAGGGUAGAGGACCUCGCAUUGGCUGCCACAGACCUGCUGGUGAGGCAGAAGCAGCUGUCAGUGGGCCUCCCCCCGGACCGGGAGAAAAUCAUUACAGGUCCCCUGCCCCCAGAUGAGCUGGCUGCAAUCAUAUAUGAGUCCUGUGGCGAUGACCUGAGCACAGCCUCUCUCACGCAGGAAAUACUGAUAUACCUUGCCAUGUUUAUCCGCACGGAGCCCAAACUGUUCAAGGAGAUGCUGCGUAUGCGUGUAGGACUGAUCAUACAGGUCAUGGCCUCGGAAAUGUCGAGACUCUUCAAGUGUUCAGGUGAGGAUGCGUCUGACCACCUGUUGAACCUCUCUCCAUACGAGCUGAAGAUGAUGUUACACCACAUUCUCAGUGGCAAAGAGUUUGUCAUCACAACAGAAAAAGUUUCAUGCGACAGUGAAGUUAUGAACGAAUAUGAUGAUGAGUACAAGUUUUCAGUAGUAUCAAAACAGUCACGACAGGAGACUUCGGCCUUUGCCUCAAAGCUGAGUAGAAAAGGACCACUUAAUCAGAAGAUGCCCUCAGUUACUGUGCAGUCACCACCGUCGGCUGCCGGCAAGCCAGAGAUAGAGGAUGAAAUGGAGGACCGCCAGGGUCAAUGGCUCCGUCGGCGUCGGCUAGAUGGCGCUCUUAACCGAGUGCCGGUCGGCUUCUACACCCAGGUCUGGAAGGUGCUGGAAAAGUGUCAUGGUUUGAGCAUCGGCAGCCACUUCUUGCCUCACAGUCUCACACGAGAGAUGACCUCGGGUGAGUUCAAGUUUGCGCUGCAGGUAGAGCGUGUGUUGAACAUGAUCCCGCAGCCUGAGUACCGACAGCUGAUGGUUGAGGCACUCAUGGUGACCACCCUUCUGGUGGAAGGAGAUUGUCGCAUCAAUCUCAGUGGGCAGGUGCUAAAUGUGGACAAGAUCGUGCAACAGGCUAACAGCAUCUUCAUCAAAGAACAGAACAUCUCCAGUGAGGUGGUGAAUCACUCCACCGGGUCUGCAGGUAUCUGCCUUCACUUGUACGAUACCGCCCCCAGCGGUCGCUAUGGCACCAUGUCCUACCUGGCUCGUGCCUUGGCAGUCUUCAUGAACAUUGGGGACCACCAGAACCUGGAGUGCAACAUCAGCUGAGCACAUGGGAGACAACUGUGGGGAAGCAUCCAUCUGGGAUUGUCUCACCUGUAACUAGGAAAGGGAGUAAACUUGAAUGAGAUAAAUUUGUCAUUCAGGAGUGUUUAUCACUCUGGCUCUUGAACGAAAGGAGGUUACUUAGGAUUUGUAAUCAUAGAUUGAUCUUUCCUGCAACCAAAACAAGGGAGGCAAAUCUUGGAAUUUGUCACGCAGGAGUGAUUUUCCAUGACAGAAGGGGUGGGGGGGGCAGUUUAUUAUAUGUGAGACAUUGGUUCCCCUGACUUGAAAAGAUUUCAGGGUCGACCGAGUGUGGAAUAUGAAUGGUGUUCAAUUUUUUCCAGAAAUCCUACUGGCAUGAAAAUGUUGAUUGGAAUGUUUCCAUUAACUGCAUGCUUGUUCAAAGUGAUAUGACAUAGCUUUACAUGCAGUAAACACAUAACCAAAGACCACACCAAUGAUUAUUUUUUAUUUGCUGGCAGUAUACUUUUUCAGAUGAUUCAGUAUCAUUUUUUAUAUCGAACUACAGUCAAGUUAUAUAUACAUGUUGUGUUAUACUUACUUUGCUGUUUUAUAUCAUGUAAAAUAUGGUUUUCCAUGAUGCAGUAUAAUGCAAUACAAUUUUGACAGAUUGUUCCAGGAGUCAGAUAUUUUAUGCAUGUUUUCGUUGCCAAUUAGUUAAGUGAUGACCUUAUGUUAAAUCCAUGGAAUUAUAAGUGUUUAAUUUUUUUUAAUUGAGUGAGCAUAUUUAAUACUAUUUACCAAAACACAAAUUUUGUCUUAAUGUAGAUGUGUUCAGUAAUUUGUGUUUAAAAUAUAAAAGUACACCACUUUUAAAUGAAUAAAUACUCCCUUAUCAGAACACUGUUGCAGUUUGUUUAAGUAUCUAUUGUAUAAAAAAAAAUGUAAACCAUUUAAUGUACUUAAAUAAUUAGUGUGCGAGUUGAAGUACUGAACUUCUAAUUGUGGGUUUAUAUACAGUAUUUUAACCAAGGUAAAAUAUUGAGUAUAUAGUGUUAUGUAUAUGUUUUGUGUGAUACUGUUUUCACUACUCCUAAUUUUAUUGGAGCCAUUAAAUAAAAAUCCUAA